AGUGGUGCUCUCGCGGGAAAUCCUUUUAAUGUUGAUCGCGAGUUUCUGGCAGAAGGUAUAUAUAAUUGACAUAUAUGUUCUCAAAUUGACGUUAUAAUAGACAAUUUCGAUUAUAGAAUAAUUUUUUAUCUUGGCAAAAAAAAGUAUAUUCCCAGAAAGAGCAUACUAAUAUUAGUAAAAUUUGCAAAGGUUGGUUGCGCAAUGUUGUAAAAUGCAGAAAAUAUAGCCUUGCAAAUUUUGCAAAUGUUGUAUACUUUUGUAUUGCUAGCAUUGUAUUGCGUGCAGAAAUUGCUACCACAUUUGGGCCGAAAAUGGUGCCAAUUUCCGCACGCAAUACAAAAGUAUAUAAAAUUUCCAAACUUCCGCAUUCGCAACCAAACUUUGCAAUUUUACUAAUUUUAGUAUGCUCUUUCUAGCUGUGUUGAUUUAUUUGCAUCUCCUUGCCUAGUUUUAAAAUUAGUCUGUAAUGGGAAUUGUCUAUUGGAUUUGUUAAAGCCUAUAGUCCUGGUUCACACUUAAAAUUUCGUCACGAUUUCUUCACGUGUCAUUGGUGCAUGAUGUAAGUCCGCCCAUUGUCCACUGCACGUCCAGGGACCCCUGGUUAUUUAUCCAGCUUACAGAAACCUAGAAUACAAUGCAUCACAUUAUUACUGUUGCAAGAUGACGGAGCAGGCUAACACGCUUUUUACGGUAUUUUUGUUAGAACUUGGAUUUGAAAAUGUUUCCAACAACAGUCUGGAUGCUACCUCGGAUCGAGACUAUGUGGCCGAGUUUAUGUUUUGGGCUUCGCUUCUGAUGACACAUUUGAGGUAUGAAAUUCACAAUUACACUGGCAAGGUAUGAGAAAUAAUAACAGUAUGUAGCCCAUUGAAUGAUUGCAACCCCGUAGUUUCAAUACGAAUUUUCUCACUUUUGUUUUAGUCGAUGGGCAGAAGAUUUAAUUAUAUACAGUACAUCGGAGUUCGGAUAUGUCCUGUUAUCAGACGCGUACAGGUCAGAGAAAAACCUUUGCAUUAUGUCCAUUAUACAGGCAUGGGUCUCCCGAAAAGGUCUUUAUUUUUUCAAAACUUCAAUAAAAUUGCUUUAAAAUGCAAUGCUUAUGUUCUCGCUUGAUUAAUCUACACUAAAACCUCUAUAAUUCGUAUUGCAUGAAGUACAUCUUACACAGCGCAUGCGAUAGCGUUGCAUCAUUAUGUAUAUUAUUUCCCUAAGGUUGGCAAGAGAAUACCGAUCUAACACUGUGUACAAAAACUAAAUGAGAAAGAGAAACUCGUACGUAAACAUCGAAAUUCAUCAAAAAAAUUAAGUAACUCAUCAUAAUCAGUAUAUCUUCAACUAUUGUAUUUUUUGUUUUUUGACUACAUUAAAACGAGUGAAUUUUGUGAAAAUUAUCAAUUUUUUUACUCAAUUUAGUCAUUUUCUUCAAACUAUGUGGCAUGACAGAUUCGUCGUCCCGACGUCACAAAAUAAAGCCCUCUGAUUGGCCAGUAUUUCAGCCAGCCAGCCAGCCAAUCAAAUAACUUUAUCUUGUGACGUCGGAACAGCAACCGUCAUCCGAUCCCGCAUCUAUUUUUCUCAUCAACCUUGGGGAAACAAUAUACAUAAUGAUGCGACGCUACCUUUUCGGGAGGCGUAUGUCACAAGAUGAUAUUUUGCCUUGAUUCCACAAACAAUUGUUUCUUUUUUUUUACAAUUUUAUUCUGUGAAACGAUUUCCCAAGCUUUCUUACGUGUUUUUAAAGUCUUUGCCUCCUUCACUCUUGGCAAACGGUCAUAUUAUUGAGAUCGGUGACAUGACCACCCAUACACCCAUGAACCAUAGCCAUGCGCCCGCGAUUAUUGACGAGCUUCGGACUGCUCUAAUGCUUACCUUUUCCCGGAUGUAAAUGGCCGAGCAGAAUUAGUACCCUCCACGGGGGGCUUACGCCCGGCGCCGUUGGCUCGGGGACAAAAAGUGAAUUACCAUUACAGUUACUUGAAAGUAACUAACUGUAAAAAUAUUUUCAGCAGUGCUAUAUUCAUGUUUGUUUGUGCUUUAUAGUACUGGUAGCAGUUUGAUGCCACAAAAGAAAAAUCCAGAUAGUUUGGAAUUAAUCCGAGGCAAAUCAGGACGUGUCAUUGGUGAUGUAAGUAUGCCCAUUGUCCCCUGUACGUCCAAGGUGCCCAUGGUAUUUAUCCGGCUUACAUAUAGUCUGGUUAAUUUAAUCAGGACGUCCGAAUUCCUACCUAGGAAGUCACUGCAGGAGAAAAUAACCAGGAAAUUUAACCAGGAAUAUUAGGUUAAAGCAAAUUGGGUUAUUUCUAGGUUAACCAGGAAAAUUGUAACUAGUGAGGGUGUUUUUACAGUGUAGAAAAUGACAAAUUUAAAAGUCAUUAGCAAGCCAGUGUCAAAGAAAUUACUGCAGAAUUACCAAAAGUCAGAAUAGUACCGGGUUUCGGCAAAAAUUUAAUUACACCCAAAUAAGUAUUACUUAAUUACACCCAAAUAAGUAUUAUUAUUUUCAGGGAAGGCUAACAUAAGUUUUGGUACACAAACUUGUACUCUUUCAUGGAAAGAUACCGACAUGUCGACAUCGGUGGUACGCCAAAAAUAGUGUUUGAACUUGUGUUAGCUUUAUCUUAAAGUUUAUUGUUGUAAAUAGUAUACAUGAUCAUUCAAUACAAAAAGUUUUGUCGACUCUCAGUUAUUGGCAAACAUGAAUUAGAAAUAAAUUGUUUAUAUAUAUACUUAUUUUUUUAGUUCACUGGAUUCUUAGUGACAUUAAAGGUAUGAUCACGAUGUUAUCUGUCUACUCUAUAUAUUGUUAGUAUACAGUAGGUAGUAGGAUGGUUUCGAGUGCAACUUUGAUAAAACACGCGUACGAGUGACUCUUCGAAGAGCAUUAAAGUAGCACGAGUCCGAAGGACGACUGCUGUUUCAGGUCUUUGAAAAACUCACGAGUGCUUGUUUUAUCCAAAUUUCACGAGAAACCAUCCCAUAUUACUGAUGUACAUAAAAAUGUUCGAGACAAUUGUAGUUUUGACGUUUAUGAUGAACCGUCCACUGACAAAGUUUUAAUUCCUGCUUUGUUUAUCACAUUAUAUAUAUAAUACAACGCUAACGGCUUGAAAAUUACACUCAACUAUAUAUAAAUUUUGUUAGUCUUGUUUUCAACUCGGCGCAUUUGUUUGCAGGACGCGAUAUACAUCCAGUAACUUGUGUUUUAUCCCAAUUUUUUUCAUUUCCCAAUUUAGUUGACAUGAUGUUCUGUAUGGACUAUUUUCAACAUUUGCCAAAGGCCUAAAACAUAACUAUAUAUAUUACUGUUUCUAAGUCUUAAAAUAGUAUUUUUGGGGUUUGGAGCUACGCAACUCUAGAAAGAUGUAAUGCAAACCAUGGUAGUUUAUUCCCUCCCAGCUCAUUUUAAUAACUUUCUCUCUAGGGUUUGCCAAGUACUUACAACAAAGAUUUACAGGUAGGACGUCGUAACGGCGUUUAAAACAUCGUUUCAAGGAAAAUCGUUUGUGAAAAAGCGUUGUUAGUUUGUGUGUCCGGAAUUUCGUUGAAUAGCCGUCCAGAUAUAUAUAGAGAUCACUCGUUCACAGUCACGUGCCGCAAGAUUGUGAACUAGCGAUAACCCGAAAUAAGCCGAAUAAUCUGCGAUCUUUUGUUACGACGGCGAAAAUACAUCAUUGGAAAUUCGCCGCGUAUUUAUAAGGAUUUUCUCGGAAAAAAUCUUCAAAACAUUGGAUGCUCCAUUGCUAUCGACCAUUGUUCUCAAAUGUGCUAAUAAUGAUUAUUGUAGGCAUUGUAAGAAAUAUAGGGCGUAAUGUUGGAUCUUCUUGUCUAAUUUGGUGAAUUCUUCUAUCCUGUGUUAUUUCGUAUUACUAUUAAAGUUUACCAUGAAGGUCUGCCUCGUACCCAGGCGCUUUGGUUUGUUUACGUAUCAAUCAAAUUAAUCCACGCGGCCCACGCAAAGGCCGCGCAAGCCAUAGAACAACACAUAGCGCCUGGGCACAGAGAAGAGAUAUACAGAGAGGAAACACGCGGCAAAUUGUGUCACGCCGAUAUAUUCAGUCUAUUAACUAUAGAAAAUUAUAUUAAUUCACUAUUUUAUUAAAUUUUGACCAUGCAGAGGAAAAAACUAUACAUAUUAUAGAAGUAAGCAUGUUUUUUUUUUAUGCAAGAGUUAUAUUUUGAGGAAUUUCUAUCAUUUGCUGCUUUGUUUUUUAUACAUAAGCAUCUGAAAUUCCCAGCCAGUGCUUUUCACGAUUUUAAUAAGGAGUAGAUUUAAUAAGGGGAAAAAACAAACUUUUGCAAAAUAGAAUGUUAUGUUAACACUUUUAAUAAAAAGAAAUCAAUAAAAGUGAUCGCUUAGCGUUAUUCUACAAUAAUUUAUUGAACAAAAUUUCCAUGGGUAUCUCAUUUUUUAAAAAAAAGCGAUUUCCGCCUUUCGAACGGCGUUUUCCCUAUCUUUUGCUAUGAAUUUCAACGACGGCACUGGCUGGAAGAUUUUGUGUGGCGCGUGGAACGCGUGACACAAAAAUUCAGGUUAUCGAAUGUCAGUUUCCUCUCUGUAUAUCUCUUCUCUGUGGCCUGGGUACGAGGCUGCAUGAAGGCUGUGUUUGCCUGCGUUUCAUCGUUUUGUUCCAUAUUUUUCCAGGAAGACAAGGAAGCUCUAUUCGAUGUUUGUGACACCUUGGAUGGCGUAUUGCAAGUCGCUUCAGGAACACUUUCUACACUCAAGGUUAUUUCACCCUUCACUUCUUUUCCGUAAUAGUUUGAAAUUCAUGUUGCGUACAAAAUUGCCAACAUUUCCACGCAGGUGCUAGGAUCAUGCUUCGCGUGAACCAUAUCCGUUGGGCAGUUGUGUAACACUGGCGGCAUGGCAUGUAUGUCUCGUGUUAAAGUGGAAGUCAAGUCCGUUCUGCGCAUCGGCUCUGCUCGUAACAAUGUGAGGACCCUCUAAUGUAAACAUUGUCCAAAUUUCGAAUGUUUCGUAUUUUUCUGAACAUAAACUCUAUUUCAUAUUCAUUUAGAAGCAUAGCGAACCAAAAUGGUGUUAGAUAUUCAGACGGUACAUCAUAUUUUAAAAAAAUACAACAGUUCAAAAUGUAAACAAACCGUUUGUUUACAUACGGACUUGACUUCCACUUUAACAAAUUAUCACUGCUUCCCAUAAACCAUAAUCCAUCAUAUGAAAUGCACAUUUUUAGUCCAGGGCAAAAUCGUGUGGCUCAGUUUGAACAAAUAUAUAUACUAAUACAAAUAUACAAAUAUAUAUACAAAUAUAUACUACUAUAAAACACAUUGAACUAGGAUGACCCGCUUGCUAGGGUAACCCUCCUGAUAGGGUCACCCUACCUCCAUAUAAACAGGUCCUAAGAGAAAAUUCAUUUCUGAAGAGGAAAGGAUUUCCCCUUGUAUGUUUGUAUGAUCUGGAAUAGCCUUGGUAUUGUUGUUGUCCUUUCUUGUCCUUUUUCUUAUAUUGGGUAGAUUUGGGGGCAUCUCGCUGGAUAGGAGGGUCUUUGUAGAUGGAAAUUUCGAACGGACUAUUAUAUAUAAUUUUCGAACCGAACCAGGAGCAGCUGCGAAAAUGCAACUAUAUUAGGACUGUUCGGUAUACCGAUAUACCGAAAAUAUCGGUAUUAAAUCACUAUCGGUAUAUCGAUACCGGAUAUUCAACCAUACCGAUAUACCGAAAUUUCGGAUAUACCGGAAUUUUUCGGUAUACCGUGUUAAAUUUACCAACUAUAUACAACAUAAUUUACCAACUAAUUAUCAAAGGAAAACCGGUAUACCGAUAAUAUCGGUAUAAUUUUUUCGGUAUACCGAUACCGGAAAUUUCUCAUACCGAACAUUCCUAAACUAUAUAGGCCCUCAGGCAGGAUUCCGAUGCAGCGCUCUAACCAACUGAGCUACAGAGUAUAGUUGACUGGCUCUAACCACAAGUUCAUAUAUAUACUGUAGGUUAGUGCUCGUCAACUGGACUCUUUAGCUCAGUUGGUUAUAGAGCGCUGCACCGCAGGGUCAUUUUCGAUUCUUGCCAGAGGCAGAGGGCGUAUAGUUGCAUUUUCGCAGCUGCUGCUCCUUGUUAUACUGUCAUUAUUAACAUUAUUAUUAUUAAAUUGACAUCAACUUACAAUAAACACAGAAUUAUACAAACCCGCAAUUAGCAGAGCUAUUCUAGGCGGGAAGUAAUAUACAAUUUCACAUCAAUUAAUUGGAAUAAGAUAUUUAUAAUGAAGAAUAAGUGAGAUCGAUAUAGAUGAUAUCAAUCAUAUAAUUAUUGGUAUAUAUAAUUUAAUAGUAUAGAGAUUAAAAUGAUAGUAAAGCAAAUAAAGUUGCUAUAUCUGAAAGUGAAAGAUUCAAGUCACUUAUUUGGGUUUUGGAUAUUCGACAUUUUCGUUAACAGUGUAUGGAAAUUAAUGUAGACGUCCUCAUUUUCUAGAAUAUGGAAAAGCUGGAUUUUCAAUUUAGAUUUGAAGAUCUUUUUGCUCAAAUUUGUCAUUAUUGCUACUGUUAUUGUUGUUAUGAUUAUAUUUGCUGCUGAUGUUGUUGUUACUUUCAUUUGUUUUCUCUUUUGUCGCUGUUUUUGGUCUUUUGUUGUUUUUCUUUUGUUUUGUCUGUUGUUGCAUUCGUGUGAUGGUUUGUUUUCGACUAAUUAUGUGUGCCCAUGCUUUUUACCAGCAUAAAAAUAUUUGAAACCAGACAUACUGUACUGUAAUACUACAGUCCACGUUGCCCUGGAGCAUGCGCAAAACAAGCGCAUAAAUACCAAGGCUUAUGAUGCCGAACCAAGUAACUGACUUUAUAAAAUAACAUGUAUAUAACGCGUGUUCUGAUUGGUCGAAACCCGUGUUUGGAUCAGACCAUCCAAACAUGGAAGACUGUCGUGUUGUUGUUAUUUUAUAAAGCAAUCACUUUAUGGUUUCCAUGUUAGGAUGGCCUGUUCCAAACACUUGGAAAUGUUGCUCGAGUUAAGAAAAGCGCGCAAAAUCACUCGCCUUCGGCUCGUGCUUUCGCGCGCUUUUCUUAACUCUCGCAACAUUCCCGCGUGUUUGGAUCAGGCCAUCCAAACACGGAAACCAUAAAGUAAUUGUAUAAAGAAACACAAGCAGCAAAUAUAAAACGAUACCAAACUUCGUUUGUGCACCGCAACUAUAAAGUUAAGUUGUUUGUUUGUCGAAGUUAACACUGUGCUUUCUUUUUACGGUUUAGAUUGAUAAGGAGAAGAUGGUGUCCAGCUUGACUCCAAAUAUGCUUUCCACAGACCUUGCCUACUAUCUGGUUAGAAAAGGGGUAGGUAUAAACUCCGGUCUUUGUAUAGGUGAUACAAUUCGCCCCCAAAGCAAAGAAUCAUGUAGAAACACCCCUAAAUAUAUGAUCACGUUCGAUUAAUAAAAGCGAAUUGUACUGAACUACAAUCUAAAGUGUACACAAUGUGAUUUGUCGGGCCAUUUUCCGACCAAUUUUACAAUAUAGUAUUUUACAAUUUUACAAAUAUUUAAGUUAUCUGACGAUUUCCAAAUUAUUUAUUGAUAUAUAAAAUUUAAAGUAUCUACAUUGUUGCUAUAGGAUUUAAAUCUUAUACAAAAAGUGGUUAUAACUAAUGUUUUUAUUGUUUGUUAUUUAUUUAUCUAUAUAUAUUAACGACUUUAGGGGUUGGGUGUCAAUUGGGACGAAAGUCCUGUUCAUUUCUCCUGUCACAACUUGUCUUUGUAAGCUUAAUACGCCUGUAUUCUAAAAGCUCACUCACACUCAAUGAGUGGAGGUUCAAUCUGAGCUUCCCCUGAGUGUGUCAAUGCUGUUUUUGAAUAGCUGGAGGGCGAGUAUAGUAAGGUACGACACUAACCCUCUAGCUAUUCAAAAACAGCAUUGACACUCAGGGGAAGUUCAGAUUGAACCUCCAAUCUUUGAGUGUGAGCAUUAUGAGGGAGCUUUUAGAAUACAGGCGUUAGUAUUAUUAACGUAUAUAUGUAGUUGAUAUGUAAAUAACAUGUAAACUGUGACAAACUUAUUAUUAUUAUUAAAUAAUUUUAUGCAUUCGGGCAGGUGCCGUUCCGUGAAGCACACAGCUUAUCUGGUUGCGCUGUCAAACUUGCAGAGGAUAAAAAGUGUUUGCUCAGUGAACUGACGUUUACGGACCUCGCAACCGUCAGGUAAUUACAGGGUUCGAAAUAACGUUCUGAAAAUAUGUCAAAUUUUGUAGGCUGUUUUCUGUAGGUGAAAAUUCUUGCCGGCUGUUUUCCAAGUAAAGUUUAGUGAUGUUCUGGAAUGAGCAUCGGCCAAAUAAUAGUGAUGUAAACCAAACAUUUAAUUUGGUGUAUAGGAACAAACAUUAACAAGUUCUGUGUGAAUCAGUUCAAAACAAUAAGAAAAUAUUGUUUUUUUAUACAAAGAGUUUAAGUUCGGUUCUAUUAAGCUAUAGGGAAGUUAAAUAAUCUAGCUAUAGGCUAUUAAUAAAUUUAUAUAUAUGUCGUAAACGACUAAAAAUCCGUCACUGUUUAAUAAAUCUGGUUUGGAUUCUUCUCACUAUAGUCACUACAGUCGAUGUCAUGAUAAUAUUUAAAUAUACAACUGUUAUUUUAUAUGUAUGUGUUAUUGUAAGCGAAUCAUCGGUGAAUAAAUAUUUUCGCCGAUCCCCUAUGCUUUGAAAUUAAAAAUUGCCGGCAAGGUUCUAAAAUUGCCGGCGGCGGCUAUUUCGAACCCUGUGAAAUAUAGAUGUAAUGAAUGCCAAUUUAGGUCGUGUUAGAAAAAAUCAAUAAAUCGUAAAUUCACAACUAUGGAAUACCAAAACCGAGGGAACUUAUGUGUCACAUCUUGUUGGCCGAUGACGUCUUCACUUGAAUAUAAGCUAGGAGUCAGACUUGGAAAUAGCGGUGGAUCCUGGGAACGUCGUUUCAAGAAAAUAUCUUAGUAUCCAAGAAAGGAUUUUCGAUUUUCGUUGGAAAAAAGUUUCAGGCUGGUAUAUAACAAUGAGAAAUGGCAAAAAAACUAGAAUUACCUAUAUUUAUAAGUCAAUAUAUCACCUGAUGAACAAAUUUCUCUUAUUUGGCCUCAAAAGGUCUCAAAGGGUUGGUUUCCUUGCAUUAAAAAUUCCUUGAAAUUCGAUUUCCUUUAUCAUACAUUCCUAUACUAAAAUGUUCUUGAAAUUUCCUUGAAAAUGGAAACACGGGGUAUAUAUCAAUAUUGCUUUUAUGAAGUAAAAACGCAAGACAGUGUUCAGUGAUGCUUAUAAUAAGCAUUGAGUACGACUUAAUUUGAUCUGCUAACAUCAGUAUAGCAUGCAUACAAUUAGAUGCAUAUAUAUGACCUGGCCGCGAAAGCUAAAGACGAAAGAUUGUGUUAAUUGUUAAGCGAAGCUAAUGCCUAACAGCUGUGUGGAUAAAUGUUCAAGUCCUGUUUAAUGUAAUUUGACCACCGUGUUUUCAAAAUAACUUCCCAUGCAGGAUCCAAGAAAGACUGGAAUUAUUUCCAGGUCUGUAAGAAGUCGCACUUCAGUUUAAGAUCACCCGUCAUGAAGACAAUAUUCAAUAGACUGGACUGUCAUAAAGUUGGGUCGUGAAUGCAGUUUCAUCGGGAUUACUAGUUUGGCCUCUUAGCUGGCUUCCAUAUUUCUUGUUUGGCUACAAAAAGUUUGGCCUUUAGGCUUCUUUUUGGCUUCUUUCCAAUUUACACGAGUUUUUCGAAAUUUUACUAAUAAUGCGUGAAAAGCAUUGAUUGUAUGGAGUUUGAUAUGCAUUUUUAAUUUGGAUGUCAUUGCCAGAAAUAACCUGGUUGUAAUUAUACCUAAUCAGAAUCCAUGAAAUCCGAUGACCAAUCAUAAUUCGCCAUAUAUGAUUUUGUUCGUAGAAGUCCACGUUUGGCUUUUUUCUUUCAUAGAUUUCCGCUUCUUUUUGAACAGAUUUGGCUCCGCGCAUAGACCACUGAGCUGUAUAAUAACUGGAGGACCUGCUCCUAUACUUCGUUCAGUUAACGAAGUGAAGCCAAAAACAUGGCGGAUUUUGAUGAAAAAUGACGCCAUUUCCAUGACAACACUUACUUUAUUCUCAUGGUAGUUACCACUGACCAGGCUCAAUUCUGAGCCCACGGCAGUUUUCACACACACACACCCCCCCCCUGGUUUUUGCAAAACAGUUUUGCAGAUAAUGUAGUUUUCGUUGUUUUGAAUCAUUUUUAAAAAUGUUUUCGAGAUAAAUUUUCUACCUUUGACCAUCUGGUCAAAGAUAUGCAAGUCGUACGUGUUUAUAUACUCUCGCCUGUGAAAGACGACAAACAAAUUUUAAAACCUCAAGAAAUGUGGAAAAUCGAAAAAGACGAUACUUGAAUAUGGAUAUUAAUACAAAGGGUAAGAGACGUAUUUUCACAUUCAAUGUUAUUUAGACUUUAUCUUAUUUGAUAUGAAAUUGAUAAGCAUAACGAUGAAACUGUUUGUUAAUAAAAACAACUUCAUACAAUACACAUGGUAAAGUGUAAAACUUCCCACUAUUUUAGCAAGCUGUGAUUCGCAAUCGCAAGACUAUCUUUGCAAGACUAUCUUUUAAAAGAGGCUGAGAUAGGUUCUGUGUUAUGUACCACUUUAUAUGUAUAUAAGCUGGGGGUGCUGGAAGCUGAUCCAGGAAGGUAGUUUCUACCUAGCUUUCUGGUUGGGGAUAGUCUUGAUUUUUGUGUCAUUAUAGAGGCUUGAGAUAAUUCACACUUUUCCCUAAGCUGAGCCCGAGGUAACAAGGUUUAGCUGAGGUGUGUGCCAAGGCAUGCAUGUGUGAUCACACCUCAUUCCCAGGAUGCACUGUUUUCGUACAGGUUUUCUCAGUACCUUUAUAUAAAGUGCACUCAUAGUUCUGAUAUCCCUGGUUUAAGUUGAGGAGUUAGGUCAUGCACAUAGAGAAUAAUACAUGGGUGCUUGGAAAUACCAGAUUUAUUUCUCGUGUUGAACAUGAUACCUCACGAGUGAGCGCAGCGAACGAGUGAGAUAUCAUGUUCAACACGAGAAAUAAAUCUGGUAUUUCCAAGCACCCAUGUAUUUUUCUGUUUAUUAUAUAAACAAAAUUCAGUGAAAAACAAUAAAACGUUCGUGGCAAUGCGUUUUACAACAAAUGAUAUUUUCACACGUAAAAAUAUCGUAUUUUUUACGUGUGUUUAAAUACGAUUUUUCUCAGUGGCCAAAAACUCUAUAUAACACUUAUGUUUAUAUAAUAAAUUAUUUUGUUUACCUUGGUCAUACAACCUGUAUAAUUAAUGUAUUCUUUGUUUAUUGCAGAUUUAUUCCACAAUGACUUUCUGGGUGGCAAAAUACAGUACCAAGCCACAUCUUUGGCAACUGAACAUAAAAUUAAAGCUUGAUUAAUUUUGAACUACUUUUUUAAUACAUGCUUCCGGAAAGUAUGUCAACUUGGCUAUAGAAUCUCAUUUUCAUGAUUGAGACAUUCAGGACGUACUUUAACCCAUGUCAGUUACACGAAAACGAGACUCCAUAUUAGCCAAAGUGACAUACAUUCCGGAAGGGUGUAUUUGACGUUUUUGUAGAAUUAUUAGCAGUAAACAAUUUUUAAAAAAUGUACAAUUUUAAUUGUCCCUAAUUAAUGGAGUACAUGUGCUCUGCUAAAAAACUUUACACUUCAAUAAAGUUAUCAUAAUCAUAUAAUCAUUUAUUGUGUUAUUAUUGUAUCAUAAUUAUAACUUCAUUUUGUUGUUCUGCAUGUUGAUGCCUGUGCCAUCUCUUUUGUUACCUAUAUUAAACAGAUAAUUUCUGCAAACAAUCUGUACACCACAAAAAUAUCAUGUACACACAUGUAACCCUUCAAGUGACAAUGUGUCUUGAUGCGCUUUACUAUAUUAUUUUAAUCUAUCUAACGUCGGACAAUUUUACUAAUCAAGAGGAGAGUGCUGCCACUAUGGUGCAAUACAUGAUCUGUUAAUUUUUACCAAGACCAUUGAUCCUAGCUUCAAAGUUAAGUGUCUUGUAUUCAUAUUCAGAAAUGCAAUUACAUAACUAACUGCUAAUUAAAAUUUGUCAAACUAUUAUUAGCAAAUUUCAUCAUAAUUUCUCACAGAGCAUAUCAGACAUCACCACUUCCAAUGUUAGAAAUGUUGUAGCAUUCCGAAUUUACCUGUUUAGUGUAUUCAGUGACUCACUUAUCUGUUCAGCCAUGUAAGUUCUGAACAGACAAUUGCAAAAUGUUAUUAUAAUCUAUUUUUUACCCUUGAUGAGUAAAACACCUGGAUUUAGUCUGAGACGUACACAGUAAAAUAAGACAUUAGGGUUCAUUUGGGCACAUUGCAGCUUAAUUGCCUGACUAUAUCUCAGGGGCUGUUCAUUGGCAGAAAGUGUAACUAACCCACUGCGUGGCAGCAGUGAGCAGUCUCCCCCUUAAUAAAAUAAAUUUCUCAUUCAAGUUGAAAUGUUUAACCAAAUAAAUAUAAAAGCAAGAAAUAUAUGUCAAGAAGCUGACAAAGUGACGUCCAAUUGAAGUAUCAAACGAAUAAUGCAGCGACAACCGCGAUGAUGCUUUGAUAAAUGCAUGGAUAAUUAAUUCUUGCGACAAUGCGUGGAUAAUUAAUUCAUUUUAUUUCGGAUAUCAAAGUCCGAUCCGAUCCGACUACGAAACAACUUUAUCAAUCCGAUCCGAUCCGAAAUGAAUAUUUUGGUUCCGAAAUCCGAACGAAUCCGAUCGGAUUGGAUUCGGAUCGGUUUCGGAUCGGAUUUGCACACCUCUAAUAGUGACUCUAUUCGUCUAGAAAGUUAAAAAAAGUUUCGUGAAUCUUACCUGAAAGUAUUAGUCUUUCUUUGUAGUGAAGUGCUGCAUCCACAAGCGAAGCAAACCCGCAUCCUUCCUCCGCGUUGUUAAGCAAGUAAUGUUGGAGGAAAAUAUUAAGAUUUUUUAGCUCAAAAACAACAGAAAACUUAAAAUAUUUGUGCAAAAACCAGGGGGGUUAAGGACAUCGUCGGAAGCUUAGGAUCGCGGUUGGUCAGUGGCAGUUACUAUGAAAAUUUCGGCAGUGUUGUCAUAGAAAUGGCGUAAGAUCCGCCAUGUUUUCGGCUUCACUUUUUUAUGCCGAGCAAGUCCUCCAGUAAUAUAGUAUAGCUCAGUGGCAUAGACCUCAUUCCCAAAUCGCAAUCGGGGCCUCGUAUCCUAGGAAAUGGGAAUAAACGCGGGAAAAUCGACAAUUGUUUUUUUGCCGUAGGCUAUGGCAGCUUUUUUUUUUCGAAAAUAUCUAUAUAAAACUGAGCAUGAAAGCUGAAAUAAUGCUUCUGAGAAAAUAAAUAUAUGUUAUUUACCGGAUUGGAGGUCCGUAUAGAGAAAUAUUUCUCGAGGCCGAAGGACGUUUUUAGUAAGACCGAGAGAAGAGAAAUUGAAAACAUACCUGCCAAAGAAUUAAAUGUCCAGCUCUUAAAUUAAAUUAAAUGUCAAUCUUGAGCGAUGACAGUGACUCGGACUAAAUAUAACUUUUUCGAGGUUUUUCUGUUAGAUUUGAUUCCUUAUAAUAAACUUCCAGUGGAUAUUUAUAUAUUUAAACGACUUUUGUUCGCUUGAAAAGUGCUUGUAUUCAGAAUGUUUCGUUUUUGAAUUUUUUGAAUAAACAUGUCAGGUGACUUCCUUAUUUGGCAGCUUCAUUCGCGUGCGGGAGGGGAAAUUCAGAGGGGGCGAUUAAAAUAAAAAAUAAAAAUAUUAUUUACAGGUAUGCAUCAAUCUCGUUCCCCGAGCAUGCCCGUUCGCAGGUUAAGGGUGGGCAUAGCUCUGGAGAAAUCGAAUUGAUUCACGUUGGAUUUCCAACGUGAAUUCUACGCAUGCUCGGCAAUUGUUGCAAAAUAUAAACAAAGUAUUUAGAAUUUGUCGAAAAUUUGAUACCUUUUACAACUGAAAUUGAAUUGAAAACAACUAGAAAUUCUGGGGGAAAGCUUCGGAUUGAUAGGAGUACAACUACCUGAAAAAUACAAGGAGAACUUCGACGUUUCGAGCGAAGGCGCUUCGACAUGUACUGUUAGUGUUAGUAUACAUCGUACUUGACCUUUACUGAUAAAUAUAAUCUCCUCAAGAAUGAGUAUAAUAUAUAUAUGUGCUUUAAAAUUUACAUUUAACUCUCCUGUCAGUAUAUGGUAUACGUAGUGUUAGGUACGGCAGUAUAUUAAAAGGUCAAGUACGAUGUAUACAAACACUAACACCACAAGUCGAAGCGCCUUCGCUCGAAACGUCGAAGUUCUCCUUGUAUUUUUCAUGUAGUUGUAUCCCUAUCAAUCCGAAGCUUCCGUACAUAUUUUCUCCAGAAUUUCUAGUUGUUUUCAAUCGAUUUCAGUGUAAAAAUUAUCAAAUUUUCGACGAGAAAUUCCAAAUACUUUAUUUAUAUUUUGCAACGUACUAUCUGCCGUUAGCCAAUCACAGGCCUGAAUCAAUUCGAUUUCUCCAGAGCUAUGCCCACCCUUAACCUGCGAACGCGCAUGCUCGGGGAACGAGAUUGGGUAUGCAUGCCGGUCUAGAGAAAUAUUUCUCUCGGUCUUAAAAACAUCCCUCCGUCUCGGGCCGUUUUUAAGACCUGGAGAAAUAUUUCUCUAUACGUACCUCCAAUCCGGUAAAUAACAUAUAUAUUAGUGUUUUCUGUGAGCAAAAUGUCACGUCGUCUAAUUAGCUUAUACCAUGACAUAAAAGACAAAGCAAUCAUAAAUAUGAUAUCAAAAAUUGAAAAUUAAGGCAGCUUUAAUUUAUUAGGAAAUUUUUUAUUUGUUCCACCUCGGUUGGUAACGAGGUAUUUCCCAUUUAAGCUAUAGUUUAAGGUAUAUUUCACUCUACCUUGGGUCGACAGUAAUUUGUUUAUUCACUGAAAUGUAUCAGAUAUCCUUGAAACAAUUCCCAAAUAUUGUAUAGCAUGAUGUUAGUCAGCAAUUGUAUCUCGUGCUUACGUGCUUAACUCUGCAGACGACCAGUAUAGGUGGUCUGGUACUAAAUAAUGAUUGCUUAAGGCCUUUGAGACUGAGUUCUUAAUAGUGUCUAGCUGGGGAAAAAAACAAGAGCGGAAAUGAAAUAUUCAGAAAUGAAACGUUGAGGCUGGAAAAGAGUUUGUCGCUUGUUGAAAUGCCACAUAUAAUAUUUCUUGAGAUUAAUUUUUGCAAACGAAUUGUGAGCAUAGUUUGGUAGAACAAGACGCCUGCUCAGGCGUUCACACUGACCUGAAAAUGACGACAUACGUGCUAUGGUGCAAUAGACAAGAAUACAAAUGUGAAGCGCGAACGCAAAGCGUGAAAGGCUAAAAGCGUGGCGUGAUCCUCAGGAGAUGUUUUCGUAAUGCCCAAUGAAACACAAGUAUCACUCACAAAUACAAACGUUAUCCAUAAAUGCACAUGGUCUAGCUCUGAGCGUGCGAUGCGCUAACGCAGACAACAUUGUUUACGUUCCGUGAGUCCGUAUAUUAAACGUAUAAAAUUCGAAAAACUCAGCGAUCCAGAUAUUGCAUUUCCAGAGACGUUGCACGAAAAAAACCCAACCAGUCAACUUGCAAGGAAGUGCAGAGUAGGAUAAAUCAACAGAAAAACGCGCUAAAAUUCGUUGACAAAUGAAUAAAUUGUUUGAGACUGAAAUAGUCACUCAUUGAAUGGCCACCAUCUUGAAAACUGAUCUGUAUAAUAAACUGCAACACUGGAAACUGAGCCUGCGAUGCGCUAACGCAUACUCGAUUUCUCGACGACGAAAAAAAAACAGGAAAAAAUAGAUAUUUAGGGAUUUAAGACACUUGACCUUUCAGGUCAGUGUAAAUAGCAAAAAUAGGAGUUAAAAAUUGUUUAAUUAACCAAAUUGUCAUCAGAAAAUAUUCGAAUUAACUUGAGGCACGUUUUGACAUAUACAUUCGUAACAUGGUGGCCAUACAAAAAAAGAACAAAAGAAACAAAAAAGAAUGCUCCGGAAGCAGGCUUCCCCGGGAAAUUUUCAAAAUCCAAAGCCUGGACCUUUUGGUUAUAUCCUUAAAGUUUCGCGACAAUAGGGGUAGAGUAAAUUGUGAUUGGGUGCGGUGGGGAGGGGUGUAAAAAAGGGGAGGGGUGUAAAAAAGACCUUGGAAAAUCUAGGGGCAGGGGUGAAAAAGACCCCACAAAUCCAGGGGGUGAGGUGUUUAGGGACCAAAAUCCAGGGGAUGGUCUGCGAUUAAAGCAAUUUUCCAUGGGUAUCUGGCAAUGAAUUCCUAGGAAAUUCCAGGGAAGGGGGUGUAUAAACUGAAUUCCAUGGGGUCACAAUUUAGCUGGUAAAAAGAUGUCCUCAACCCCCCUGUGCGAAAAAUAAAUGCAAUCUGCAUGCCAUUUGAAUAUAUAGGUGGUUUCUAGUGGAAUUUGGGGGAAAAUAUGCCCGAGUCAUUUUUUCAAAGACGAUAAUAAUUGCACGAUUGAAGUGUUUGAAGAACUCGUCAGUUUUUGGACUAAUGAGAUUGGACUGACGAGAAACUAUACUAUAUACCUGAGAAAACAAUAUGCAGAAGGCAUGCGACCAAAUAUAAUAUUUAUCUUUUUUUAUCAUUUUAUAGAAUAGUUUAAGAUUACAUGUAUGACUAAAUGUAUUCAGCGUAUGGUUGUUUGUUUUCUACACGCAGGGUGCAUAAAAAGUAGACAAUUUCGAAACAGCUCUCAAUUUCACAAAUGCGUUCAUUUCAUGAAAUGUUUGAUAAAUAUAGGUUGUUAGGGUACUUAUAAUGUAGAGUAAACAAAAAUAUUUCGUAAAAAUAAGUUUUCCAGAGCAGGGAGGUGUCUCGCAUGUUGAGUUCAUGGGCGAGAAAUUUGUUAUGUGUUUUAUCAAUGGUCCAAAAUCAAAAAAUUCACUCAAUUUUAAGUAUAGCUGCUGAAACUUUCAUUUUUUGGCACCAAUGCCUAUCACGCAUGCUUAACUCGUACAUUUACCUAAUUUGCAUAUAGUUUGUUUGCGAUGUUACUCUGAGUGCAUAUCCACACCGGGCGAGCUUUGAAAAGUAUGCCCGGCCACGGUGGGCCCGGCCACGGCCGGGCAUAUUUUUCAAAGCUCGCCCGGUGUGGAUAUGCACUCAGAGUAACAUCGCAAACAUAUUAUUCACCUGAGUACACAACACCAACACAGAAAAAAAAAUUGCAUAUAAUUAUUGUAAAAAUGCUCUAGGAAAUUUAUCUUUGCGAAAAAUGUUUGUUUAUUCUACAACCAUGCAAUUUAUCUUUUUUUUAACAAGUUGAGAGCCGUUUCAAAUUAAAAUUGUCUACUUUUUUAUACACCCUGUAUAGUCAAUAAAACAUCUAUCUGGACUGAUUAUAUUAGGCAUACUCGAAGCGUUGGUAAUCACUCUGUUUCUACGUUUCACUCUAUACGACACACAAUCAGUUGGUCGGCCAGCCAUCCUGCCAGUCACUUGUGCAUCUCAAGGUUUUGUUCUCAGUCACUUGGAAUCUGAGAAGUUAUAAUCGUGGACAAAACUGUUGAUGAGAAUUUUAUAGAACUGCAUUUGGCCCGUUUCAAACGUCGUGAUUCUCAUGUGCCGAACGCAUUAACAACAAUAGAUAUAAUGAGGCUCCUCAACUGAUUAUCUAUUGUUUGUAAUGCGUUUGGCACAUGAAAAGCACGACGUUUGAAACGGGCCUUAAACUAACUUCUUUGGUUUUUGUCCCUUCUCCUCCGCCCAUUGUUGCGAUUAUUUCCCCAUAUUUAAAACGCAAUUCGACAACAUUGUUUCGGGGGAAGGCCGGGGGAUAUCUUAUAGGUAAGAUACAGGAAUUACACUGCAUUUUAAUUAAACUCGCAAAGACAGACAAAAUUUUUUAACAAAUAAGUAUAUUCCACGAUUGGCUUUAAAAUGACUAUAUAUAAAAAUAAACAUCACUUUUUGCUGUUGUACUCUUGUCCAAAUUGCUAUUUCAAUGCAUGAACUUCAUUUUUAAAUAAGCUCUGUAUAUCUUCUUUAUGAAAAUAGGAAAUCGCUGAUUCCGUAUAACAUCUUUAUUUCUCUUCAGCCCUAAAUUUGACAAGGAUGUUACCGGCGUGUGGGAUUAUCAGCAGAGUGUUGAGCAGUAUCAGUCAACUGGCGGGACAAGUCUGAACAGUGUGGAAAGUCAGAUUAACUUGCUUCGGGAAUGGUUAAAAUAAUGUAUGUAUAAAAAGACCAAAUUAUAACACAAGAAUAUUUAUGAAUUAUUUCAAAUAACUACGUCUUAAUCGCUACAUCUGGUAUAUACUAAUUUUAAUGGUAAUUAUAGUACAAGGUUCCUUGCCAAUUAUUAGAGAGUACACCCAUAUUCGAACACUACAAACGUUGUGAGCCAUUAAUAAAUAGUUAGUGGGGUUUUGUAAUAUCUGAAAUUAUCAAGGUCUCGAUUUCCUUGAUAAUUAGGAAUAUCACAAAAACCGAAUUCAAUAACGUUUUGUCGUUCAUUUUUAUUUUUUUAACAUCGCAAUAUUUGUCCAUAUAUAUAGUACACAUAAGUGAAUAUUCAUGUAUUUAUUGUGUAUAUUUGGGUCUUAAUAUACACUAAAUAGCAAUUUAAAUGCUUGCCUCUCCUUUAUAAAUAACACAGCAAUUGUACAUGUGGGUUGGUUUUGCCCGACGAAAGGGUGUGGUCAGAAUAUAACGUAAAGUGGCGGGCCAAAAUAAAUCAUUUUUCAAGGCCCUCUCAUGCCGCUACCAGAGAAUGCACGGGUGCUAAAAGCACGAGACUCCUGGGGAGGGGGAAACGCAAGCAUGUACACCCGGCAUGGUAGAAAAGACGGUUACCGGGUAAAUGGGUAAAUGGGUAGAUUGGGAUAAAUGGGUAAAUGGGUACCGGGUAGAUGGGUACCGGAUAAACCGUUCAAUGCGUUUUUAAAAUUUAACGCACCGUUCAAUGCGUUUUUAAAAUUUUUAAUACGCUGAAAUUAAAGUUCAAUUAAAUACAGCCUUCAGAGGGGUAAAUUACUCUGAAAAUCUUCGUAUACAGUUCAUCAAAAAAAAUCUUUUAAAAAAUCCCAAAAUCUUACUAAACCCUAGAAUCCUAGAAUUGUAUGCAAUACCAUCCAUGUAAAUGGGAAUUGCAUAAAAUACUUGGAGAAAGCUCAAUAAAACCCUCAAAAUUAUUGCAAUAUCAAGAAAUCUCAUCAAAUUUAAAAAUUUAAAUCGUGAAUUUGCGUGAAAAUGUGAAAUUUAAAAAUAAUUCGACGGAUUAUAUGUCGCAAAAAAUGUCGGGAAAAGUUCGGCGAAAAAAAAAUAAGGAAAAACAUUUCGAAAAGAAUCAGCUGAAAAAAAUCCCCAAAACCCUUAAAUUUGGGAAAAAAAAUCCCAGAAUCCCGAGAAAAAUUGCCGGGAUUUUCUAAUCCCAAAAAUCUUCGUACGCUUUUUUCAGACUGUAUAUAAUUUACCCCUCGCAGCCUUCAAUUCAUGAUAGUAUGCAGAGUUGCUACCAGAUAUAAAUCCUAAAUACAUCUUGCAUUUUACUAAUAAACAUGAUGCCAAACAGAAGUUGUUCAAAAAUCAUUGCAAAUAUUUCAAAACUAUUAUUAAUACUGUCGCUAUUAGUGCACUGUGCCUGUGUGCCACAUUGCUGAUUUUUUGCACUCUAGUCAUAUAGCUAUACUAAUAAUUCCUGCCUGAGUUUAAAAUAUUAUGGAGUUUUUAGUAUUUUGCUGACGCCAUGCAGAAAAACUGUAAAGCACGGUUCAAACGCGCGAGACUAAUUGUUUUUCAUACAGUAGUGCCUACAAAAACAACCUAUAAAAUAUUGAAAAAUCUGCCCAAAUGGCUUUGCAAGACACACCCGAAACCACCCAUGUGCGGAGUAGUCAAUUUAUCCCGCGCGUUCUGUGACCCCCGUCCGCGAUCAUAUCAGAUCAUGUCAGUGGCAUCUAGUAAAUUACUUAAAUAACAUCGCCCGAAGUUCGAAGAUUUUACUCAAAAUUGCAAAGGAAUUUUACAACUUUAGAAAGUGGAAAUAUUUCCAGAUACAUGGGCCAUCAUUCCAAUACCGUAUUUACCAUCAAAGAACAAAUAUGACUGGUUUAUACUAGUUUAUUUUGUCUAAAAAUACAUUCCCAUGUGUAUACAAUACAUGCAAAUUAAUACAUCCUCUGAGAAAAUUCACAAACUAACCUCUCUGAAAUUUGAGGUUCUUACGGUGUCUAGAAAAACAAUAAAUGCCAUGCCAUCACAAUAUUUUAUACUAAAUGUGAGGGGCUCGUUUUAUUUAUAUAUGUGACCACUAUAUAUUUAGAUUUUCUGCAUUUGUAAUUUCAGCGAGUUGCCGGUGGCGUGUUUGUCUAGGGCGUUGCGUGCGAUCUAACAUGCUGCUAAUUGGUGGUUCGAUUCCCGCAAUGGCCAAUGUUUUGUUCUCAUAUUUUUUUUCUUUACGAUUUUUCCUAAGA